CUGCAAUCGCUGCUGCUGCUGCCGCCGUUGUUGUUGUUGUUGUUGAGUUGAGAGUUAAGAGUUAAGAGCCACACCGAAGUAUCACCUGGUCUUAUCAGGCCCCGAAAAAAAAAAGCCGAGGGCUACUCCGCCUACAACUCAGUGCGCUUUCGGGUAUCGGCGUCGACAGCAGCAGAGGCAGAGGCAGAGCGGCACCUGCUUCUCCGGGCUUUUCUGUAUUUCUGGGGGGCGCAAACGCGGCGCGAUCUCAAACCUCCGACGACCGGAGACCGGAGCGACAGGCACUCGUCCUCGAGAGAGCUGUGUGAAAUUCGUAAAUGAUAUCGCCGCCCGACGUGGAUUUGCAUUAAUUGCAAAGUGAAUGUGUGAAGUGAAUGUGCGAGGAGAUCGUGUGAAACAUGAGCAUAUAAUUUGACAAGCCAACUAAAACGAAUCAUUUCGCUUGCGGCCACCAAAAGAAAAAGUUGCAAACCUCCCCCAAAUCAAGUUAAAUAAAACAAACUUAAUUUUAAUAAUUUCACCGCAACAUGGAGAACCUGAAACUAAACCAAAUAUUGUGGAUUACGCUGAUUCUAGCCUGCAGCAUCCAGACCCAGGCAUUGGAAAAAGCCUCCAACGAAACAGCCGAUGAUGAGGACUGUCCUUCCUUGACAAAUGCGGAGAGUUUGCAACAAACUCAACUUAUCCAGCGUUUAACACAUGUUUGCCGCUAUGAUCGCCUGGAAAGGCCAAUUGAAUACGACACUGAGACGGCCAAACGACUGCCUAUCGUGGUAAAGACUAGGAUUUACGUGUACUUUCUGCAGAAUCUGAACUCCGACCUGCUGCAGUUCAAAAUGCACGCCCUCCUGCAAUUGCGAUUCCAGGACAAAAGGCUGGCGACCAAGGACUUGAAACGCAAUGAGAACAUCCUGGGGCAGAAACAUCUCAGUGAACGUCUAUGGUUGCCGCAUAUUUUCUUCGCGAACGAAAGGGAGUCAAGUAUUUUGGGCACGGACGAGAAGGAUGUCCUGACUUCUAUUAGUCCUGAGGGAAACGUGAUCAUCUCCACUCGGAUGCAGGCUACUCUGUAUUGCUGGAUGAACUUCAAGAAGUUCCCAUUCGAUCAGCAGUUCUGCUCUACCGUUCUAGAGAGCUGGAUGUACAACACUUCCGAGUUGCUCUUGGAAUGGGAGCAGCACGAGCCCAUUUCCUUCGAUCCAGAAAUGAGACUCACUGAAUACAACAUGGCCAGCUAUUAUCACAACACCACAGUGGUGGAGUCGGAUGGAACCAUCAAUUUACGCCAUGGAGCAUUUACUGGUAACUACAGUUCGUUGAGCUUUACGGUCAAUCUAAAGCGUGAAAUUGGCUUCUAUCUGCUGGACUACUAUUUGCCCUCCAUGAUGAUCGUGGCCAUCUCUUGGGUGUCCUUCUGGCUGCAGGCAGAUGCGUCUCCUCCUCGUAUUAUGCUGGGAACCAGCACCAUGUUGUCGUUCAUCACACUCUCCUCAUCUCAGAGUAAAACUUUGCCAAAGGUGAGCUACAUUAAGGUGUCUGAAGUGUGGUUUCUGGGCUGCACCUUCUUCAUCUUUGGUAGCCUGGUAGAGUUUGCCUUUGUCAACACGAUUUGGCGCCGCAAAGAAAACAUCGAGCUAAAAAAGGUCAACAGCAAGUACAUCAUUAAGUCUACUUUAACACCGCGACCUUCACGACGACAAAUUGGCGGAAGUUUGAGCAACGAUUCCAGGGCGAGAUCCUGCUCCAGCUUGGACAACAUUGUGUCCAGCACGGAAAGCGUUCGUAAUGGCAAUGGCAAUGUGAAUCAGGGCUUUAAUAACUACCUAACAGUUCAUCCCAAUUUACCCAUCAUUAAGACAGAGUGCGCAGAUACCGUUUCGAUUUGCAGUGAGCGAAUGAGUAACGAUCACAUUGUGGAUGUGGAGGAUAAAAAGGACACGCCGCCCACAUUUACCACCAUGACCCCACAGGAGAUCGCCAUGUGGAUUGAUCGGCGUUCCCGAUUUCUUUUCCCAACAAUGUUUUUGGCUUUCAACGCCUUGUAUUGGACCUUUGUCUAUGUUUUGUAAUCGGCAUUUGCCGGCGUUAAUGUGAAAUCUUGUCUAUUUGUGUAGUCCUGCCCACGCAAAUAAUUGUUAAACUGUAAGAUGCAUCAUCUCAUAGCUGUUAAUCAUUAAUAAAGCAAUUAAACCUGAAAA